AUGCCUCCGAUUACAAAGAAGGACAAGCAGUGGCAGUUUAUCGAGGACGAAGUCAGGGACGUGGACGAUCUGACCAUGGACCAUAUCCGGGCUAUCUACGGGCUGGGACCACUUAGAGAGACUGAAGAGAAUGGCUCAUCCGCGACUACUAAACUUACGGGAAAGAAGAUCGGGAGCGCAUAUCCCUAUUGCGGCAACCGAUACAAGAGCAACCCUUCAGGAUCUCCUAUGGUGUCCAAAGGGAGGACCGGGAGUACCUGCACAGCUGCCCGAUGCAAAGAUGGGAACCCUCACUGCUUGAACUACAUGGGGCAAGAACAGUGGGAGAAAGAAGAUGCAUUCGACAAGUACCAUGCGACUUUCAGCAGAAAGACGGAUCCAGAAUUGUCCAAGCGGAACCCAGACUGUCCAGCAGGGAUGAAGAACCUCGGAGCAACUUGCUACGCAAACUCGCUCCUCCAAGUCUGGUUCCACGACCUGCCCUUCCGCGAUGCUAUAUGUCGAUCUCGCUUCAGGACCGAUGCUGACAAAUCUUCGGAUGCGCUGUAUCAGCUCCAGCAUCUAUUUGCUCUUCUCGACUACGGCACCAAGAACACAUACAACCCUCUCUCGCUUGUGACAUCCCUCAAACUGGACACCAACAUGCAACAGGAUGCGCAAGAUAACAAGUCAGUGGAGCUCACAUUGACAGAUUACCUUAUGCUGGUCUUUAGGUUCUGCAAUCUCUUCAUGGCGCUGAUCGACAGCCACUUGCAAUCCCAGGAAGAUGCAUAUUUGAGGUCUUUCAUCAAGGACCAGUUCCAGGGCCACUACUCCUACAUCACCACCUGCAAAAGAUGCAAAAAGUCCUCCGUGAGGGACUGCACGUUUUAUGAGCUGAUGCUGAACAUUAAGGAGAACCACAGCCUUAUGGAUUGCUUCAAUGAGUUUGUCAAGGCCGAGGAUCUUGUUGGUUUGGACAGGUACUCGUGCUCGUUCUGCGAGUCACUCCAGGAUGCUACAAGGGAGAUCAAGUUGGAUAUCCUGCCCAAGAUCCUGAACAUUCAGUUGAUGCGGUUUGUGUACGAUGUCACGACUUCAACAAAAAAGAAGUCAAAGGACACAAUUCGGUUCCCCUUGACAAUCGAUUUUUCCAAACUGACGGGAUCGCAAACCUCGACACUGUACGACCUCUCUGCCGUACUGGUUCACAGCGGGCCAAGUGCCCACUCUGGUCACUUUAUGGCACAUGUCCUGGACAAACCGUUAAACAAGUGGUUCGUUCUGAAUGAUGAGGAAGUUACGCAAUUCGACUCGACUGUGUUCGAUCCACAGGACUAUGCCGAGACUGGUUCCGAAUCAAAGGCCAAGAAGACGACCAUAAAAGCAGGAGCAUCUGAUGCCGAACGAUUUUUGAACACUCUUUCGUCUCGGAACGCGUACAUGUUGACCUACACAAGAAGGACCUCAGAGCCAUCGGUCACACCUAGAAAGCCUCCAUCCGAUAUCCUUGACCUUGUCAUGGCAGACAACGCCGAUUUCGACAACGAGCUGAAGGAUUACACUGAACUCAAAGAGAAAACCAGGGUCAAGUUUGAGCAAGCUCGAGAGGAUCGCCGAAAGGUGUAUUGCUGCUGGGAUGUCAACGAUGAUGAGGUGAGCAAGCGUAUCAGCAUGUGCCUAUUGGCUGAGCAAGGCGCCAAGAUCGAUCCGGUUCUGACUCCAAUGGACGUUUGUUUGCCAUGCUCACGAAACUUGUUCCAAGACAAGUGGUACCACAUCAUGCACAGACAAGACAUCGAUGCGAUAAAAAAACUUACCAGUACAAAAACCGCCGAUCCCAGUCCUUUGUCAGAGCCAUACGUACAUGAUGUUUUCUGUGAGCACUCCAACCUCAGGGUGGACAAGUCUCGUCGCAGAGCCAUCAACAAAAUGUGCUUGAAAAGGCUUACCGAGAUCUUUGGACCAAUCCAGCUGCCAAAACACGAUGUCCCUGAGUGCCAAGAGUGCAAAAAAAACGAUCCCUACGGACUUUUUGCCGCAGCCGCCUUAGAAAAGGACAAGCUGAGAGGCAUGAACACUCAUGGAUUUCCAAAUGAUAUGGUACAAGGAGAGCGAUACUACGCAGUGUCAAGAGGUUCGUCCCACAUGUGCUUUGAUUUCAUGAAACAAUGGAUGGGCUUCACCAAAGAUCCUGUUAAGAAUGAGCGACCGACGAUACUUGACAACAGUGGUCUCCUCUGCAAGCACGACCUGUUCCUGUUUGACCUCAACAAUCCGGCGGACAAGAAACACAACGAAAAUGUUGCUGUCGUCAGGGAGGACGACUGGUCGUACCUCAGAGCAAUGUACGGAGGAGGACCCGAUAUUGUCAUCGUUAAUCAAGAGUCCGUGAAGGGCGAUGACAGUUCUGCACACGACCAUGUCUUUUCCGCCGUGCAGUCGACUCCCGCUCAUUGCCCAGAAUGCAGGAUCCUUGAUUUCUCAACGACGACGUUGACUGUUCGGAUCUAUAAGGCCAACGAGUUUGUAGUCAACGACGAGGCAUCCUCCACUCCUGCGAGCGCUGAUAACUCGCAAGCUCCAACCCCUACUGACGACAGCCUACCUUCGAAUACCACCACGAACGCCAAGUCCAAGCGGAAGCAGAUACCAGUCCUCGGCUCCACAGGAACACGCCAAUCGAAGCGAAUCAAAACUGGCAAGGUCCACUAUGAUGAGCGCAGGUUUUCAGAAAUUAUGGAGCUCAAGGGCACUUUCCCUCUGUGCCAAAGGCUGCUAUAUGGAAAGGUCGAGCUGGAUGACAACGAGAAAACAAUCGCAGAGCUAGCCAUUCCUCCCGGAGCGGUGUUGAAUGUCCUUACAUUCGAUCAAGAUGCGGAUGACCUCGAUCUUGACACAUUCCACAAUGACACACCUGCCUCUGGCGAUGUUGGAGGAUUCAGCGGCACAGGACUCGCUGAGAACUGGUUCUGA